GCGUUAAUAUUAAAUUUAAAUAACGUUAAAAUACGAGGCACGAAUUGUGGCUCCGCAUAUGCUACUGUCCAUAUUUAAUCACAGGUGGUGUGACAAGAUACCGAAAAGUACCCGUGAUUGAUUACAGAAUUGAUAGUACAAUUUAGAUUAUGUUAUUUUAUCUCUUGCGGUUUUAAAUGAGUUUUAUUUUCAAUUUUAUUGCUGCUUUUGUACGCAAAAUGCUGGAGCUGCUACAAAUUGGAGGCAAAUUAACGCACACGCUGAGCAUUUACGUGAAAACCAAUACGGGUCGCACGCUGUCCGUCAACUUGGAGCCGCAGUGGGAUAUCAAAAAUGUUAAGGAGCUGGUGGCGCCACAGCUGGGACUUCAGCCGGAGGAGGUGAAGAUCAUAUUUGCGGGCAAGGAGCUGAGCGAUGCAACCACCAUCGAGCAAUGUGAUCUUGGCCAGCAGAGUGUGCUGCACGCCAUCCGUCUGCGUCCGCCUGUGCAGCGGGAGCGGGAACGCAAGGCUAGCAUGCUGUUGGAGGAAGAGUCCAGUCCGGAGGAGCCGUCCAAGCCGCUAAACGAAACGCUGCUCGACCUGCAGCUGGAGAGCGAGGAGCGUUUGAACAUCACCGACGAGGAACGUGCUCGCGCCAAGGCGCAUUUCUUUGUCCACUGCGGGCAGUGCAACAAGCUGUGCAAGGGCAAGCUGCGUGUGAGGUGUGCCCUCUGCAAGGGUGGCGCCUUUACCGUGCAUCGCGAUCCCGAGUGCUGGGAUGAUGUGCUCAAGUCGCGACGCAUACGUGGCCACUGCGAGAGUCUCGAAAUCGCCUGUGUGGACAACGAGGCGGGCGAUCCGCCAUUUGCCGAGUUCUACUUCAAGUGUGCGGAGCAUGUUUCGGGCGGAGAAAAGGACUUCGCGGCGCCUUUAAAUUUAAUCAAGAACAAUAUCAAAGAUGUGCCUUGCUUGGCCUGCACGGAGGUCAGCGACACGGUUCUGGUCUUUCCGUGCGCCUCGCAGCACGUCACCUGCAUCGAUUGCUUUCGCGACUAUUGCCGUUCGCGUCUCAGCGAGCGCCAGUUUAUGCCGCAUCCGGACUUUGGCUACACACUGCCCUGUCCGGCAGGCUGUGAGCAUUCUUUCAUCGAGGAGAUCCAUCACUUCAAGCUGCUCUCACGCGAGGAGUACGAGCGGUACCAGCGCUUCGCUACCGAGGAGUUUGUUCUGCAGGCGGGCGGUGUGCUCUGUCCACAGCCGGGCUGUGGCAUGGGUCUGCUCGUGGAGCCCGAUUGUCGCAAGGUGACCUGUCAGAACGGCUGCGGCUAUGUGUUCUGUCGCAACUGCCUGCAGGGCUAUCACAUUGGCGAAUGUCUGCCCGAGGGCGCCACCGGCAGCGCACCAAAUUCCUGUGAAUACACGGUGGAUCCAAAUCGCGCGGCGGAGGCGCGCUGGGAAGAGGCCAGCAAUGUGACAAUCAAAGUGAGCACCAAACCCUGCCCCAAAUGUCGCACGCCCACGGAACGAGACGGUGGCUGCAUGCACAUGGUCUGCACACGCGCCGGCUGCGGCUUCGAAUGGUGCUGGGUCUGUCAAACGGAAUGGACGCGUGACUGCAUGGGCGCCCAUUGGUUUGGCUAGAUGUUGUUUUUGUUAUGCAGAAGCCGCUUUAUUGCUUUACGUUUUGUUUUUUUUUUUUGUUCACUCUGCUGGCUGUAUUUAAAGACUGCGAAAGCUGCUGACGAGGAGAGUGCGCGUGCAGGUAAGCCUGCAGGUGACACCAAAUUGUUCCAAAUAAUGAAGAAAUUAAUAAAUGUUACAUUGUGUAAUCUAUUUAAAUUAAAUAUAACUAAU